GUCAACGACCUGAAGUUGAAGUCAAACGCAAAGUUACGAAAGUUGAAAACAAACCGAAUCAAUGGGCGUUGCCAUACUUUAUUACGCUGAUAAACGCUGAUUAGAAUCAGAUAAGCAGACGAGAACAACAUCAACUCGUGCUAAAUAAAAAUUAGGACUUUUAUAUAAACUGAAAUGUAUAUUAUCACUUCCAGUGCCUACAUCGAAAAAAAAGUAAUAAGUUUCGUACAAAGUUUUGAGCAUUAUUUUUAAUUUAAAACAUUGAUAAAAAGUUUUUUUCAAGUGUAUUUGUGGUCAUUUAGGUAUUAUUUGGAGUGAUUUAAUUCAUAAAAUCGUCUGCAAUUAACCUUAAACACUUCAACACAAAGUUUUAAAACUAUGGUGAAUCAUCCGGAAACAAUCGUAAACAUUAAUAUAUAGUGUACAAAUUCGUGUGAAAAUGAUUAAAACAGUAUUUAUAACGUUUUUACUGUGCGCUAAUGUGAAAAGCCAGUCAAAUAAGGACUUGUAUAACAACAAUGGAUACUAUGAUACUAACCAAGGGGCUCCAAAACAGUCUAGGCUACCCAAUCCAGGAGAUAGUGAUUACAGGACUUACGUUUAUAACAAUAGAAGAUAUGGGACGGAUCCCUCGCGCUAUAACCCAUACAAUCCGAAUAUAAACCAGCCUGGGGGGUUUCCUUACAACCCAAUACAUACAAACCCUUUGGAUGACCAAUUCAAAUUUAAUACAAACCGAGACCCAAACAAUCCAUAUGCCCUAUUUCCCGGAGUGUUGGGUGGCUGGAGAGAAGAUUUACAAGGCAGAGAGAGGCAGAACUCCAGGCAGCUCAAGCGAGACAUAUUUGUCACUACCAAUUUUGGACAAGUUCAGGGUUUCAAAGUAUAUCUGUAUGAUAACCCAGAUCCUGACUCAGGAUACCGUCCCUGGUUGUCCCCUGUGGAGAGAAUCCAGGGAGAGGUGUCGGUAUUCUUGGGCAUACCAUAUGCUAGACCACCAGUUUUGGAGGGGAGAUUUAAGCCUCCCCGCCAACACCCAGGCUGGCAGCUGAUCCAGGCGGUGGACUGGGGCCCCGCGUGUCCCCAACCAGUGCGGUUCACAGGCGCCACCAAAGGAAUACGGGAUAUGGAUGAAGAUUGUCUGUAUUUGAACAUUUUCUCGCCUAAUACUGAGGCGGGCGCGACGGCACAGCUGUACCCGGUAAUGGUGUACAUCCACGGCGGUCAGUUCCAAUCCGGGGCGUCGAACCUCUUCCCAGGACACAUGCUCGCCGCCUUCUACAAUGUCAUCGUCGUCUCGUUCAACUACAGACUUGGGGCGCUCGGCUUCCUGUCAACCGCGGACGAGAACUCGCCCGGCAACUACGGCAUCCUGGACCAGGCGAUGGCCCUCCGCUGGGUGUACGACAACAUCCGACCGUUCAACGGCGACCGCGGCGCCAUCACGCUGUUCGGCCCCGGCGCAGGCGCAGCGUCCGCGGGCUUGCUGGCCCUGGCGCCGCAGACACGGCACAUGGUGGCCAGGGUCAUUGCGCAGAGCGGUUCAGCACUAGCCGAUUGGGCAAUGAUCGAAGAUAAAUUCAGGGUGCAGAACACGUCGCUGGUGUUCGGGAGGCUGCUGGGCUGUCCCAUCGACUCCUCGUGGAAGCUGGUCAACUGCUUGCGGCAGGGCAGGAGCUUCUACGAACUCGGAAAUGCUGAGUUUCAGCCUCAAGUAGGGUUCAUUCCAUGGGGUCCCGUCCUGGAGAACAACUUCACGUUCCCCGGCGACAACUGGUACGAGGGCUGGCGGGAGCGCGACUGGCACUUCCUGUCGCGCGCGCCGGAGGAGCUCGUGCGCGCGCGCCAGUACAACCCGGCGCUGCGGUACAUGACCGGCGUCACCACGCAGGAGGCCGCUUAUUACUUGUUCAACAACGAGUCCCUGGCGCCGAACUUCGAGAUCACCGAAUCGUGGUUCAACCAGAAGGUGAACGAGCUCGUGCUGAGGUACAACUACACUCUCAACCCUCGCGGCGUGUUCGAGGCGGUCCGCUACAUGUACACCUACCACCCGCAACCGCACAACACCACCGCCAUCCGCGACCAGUACGUGCAUCUCCUCUCAGACUUCCUAUACCGAGCACCGACAGACAAGCUAGUCAAACUCCUCCUAGAGCAACACGUGCCGGUCUACAUGUACGUGCUGAACACAACCGUGGAGACCCUCCGCUGGCCAGAAUGGCGCCAGUACCCUCACGAUACUGAGCAUCUGUUCCUCACUGGAGCGCCGUUCAUGGACCAGGAGUUCUUCCCGCGGAGGCUGCGGGUUGAUCGGCAGGCGUGGACCAAUAAUGACAGGAACAUGAGCCAUUUCUUUAUGAGGACGUAUUCGGAUUUUGCGAGGUUUGGUAACCCGACCCGUUCCCGCGUGCUGGGCAUCCACUUCGAGCUGGCUGAGGAGGGGCAGCUGAGGUACCUGAACCUCAACACCACCUUCAACUCCAGCAUACAGCUCAACUACAGGCAGACAGAGCUCGCCUUCUGGACCGUGUACCUGCCAACUGUUAUAGGGAGGAUGUUGCCUACCUACCCGCCUAUUACUGAGUAUUGGUGGGAGCCUAAACAGCCGUUGCAGAUCGCCUUCUGGUCUGUUUCCAGCGCCUGCCUACUUCUCAUAGUGCUGCUAGUUGUAUGCUGUAUGCUCUGGAGAAAUGCCAAGCGGGCUGCGCCACCGAAAUGGAAAAUGGUGCCUGUAGUAGAGAACGAUCGAUACUACAACGAUGACAUCUUCAUGGUGCCCGAGGUUGAAGAGAGCGGCAUAGACAAUACCAACCGAUCCAGAGACAACAUCUACGAGUACAGAGACGUGCCCGUGAAACGGCCACAGACUCCGCAAACCAUCACUAGAUCUAUAAGCGAGCCGCAGACGAUGCAGUCGUCGCGUCCGUCGUCGCAGGCGUCGAGCGGCUCGGCGCUGUCGCUGCGCCACGUGUCGCCGGACCCGCGCCACGUGUCGCCGGACCCGCGCCCCGCCCCGCGCCAGCCGCAGCAGCCCCGCCCCGCCUCGCGCACGCGCGUCGUGGCCGGCGUGCCGCAGACCACCGUGUGAACACCUAGUAUUGUAAGCCACGGGACACAACUACACCUCGGGUCAGCCACUUCCUCUCAACACGGUUGAGGAAGCUGAUGGAUGGCACAUAUCGUUUUUUAUAUCUUCAAUAUCAAUCAUUUAAUAUUAUGUUGGAAAACUUAUCAUCAAAUUAUCUUAUGCUGCCUGGAAGGGUUGUGCACUCGUAAGGGAAUAAAAAAAAUUAUGUUGCUAUUAAAUAGAAUAUAAUUAGAGCUGCUAUAAACUAUAUGUAACUUUUCUUUUAUUAGGUUUUUAUCGUCUUAGUAGGCAAACGAGCAACCGGUUCGCCUGUAGGUAAGCAUCAUCCGUCGCCCAAAGACUAAAGCAAUGUUAGAGACACAGCCGAGUCGUUGCCUACUAGGAACCGUAUAAAACAAGUAUAAACCUGUCUUUUAUGAUAAAAGCGCAUUGCUAUAUCUGAAUCCCAGGCAACUUGAGUGUUAUUUUUUCUAAACGAAUAUUUUUUAAAUCAUGUUAUAUCGACGUAUCUAUAUUAAAAAGUAGGUAAGCAUUUACUUACAAUUUGUUUUCGUACCCUGUAUAUGAUAUACAAAGCUUAAUUUUAUCGAUUUUUACGGAUUUUUUUUUUAACAAAACGAUUACUCUAGUUUACAUGAUCGAGUUAACGAUUGUUUUUAUUUUAUUUUUUAUAUUACAAAUCUAGAUAAAAACGACCGUAGUUAUAGUCGAAUGCACGCUUAGUUAAUGAAUAAGUAGAUUUAACGACAAAUGACAAAUAUGUGCCUCACGCGAUAGUAUUUACAAAAUAUAGAAUAACAGUAGAUUUAGCACGUUUUAUAAUGGUGAGAACGGACCUUAGUAUAAAACAAAUUAUUAUAGUAAUUGUACAGUUGUCAUUAAGAUGUAGACUGAGUAAUAGCUGCUGGUAGAAUAUAUUAUAUCCGCUCGAAUAGCGACCACCUUACACAAGGUGUUAAAACCCAUAGUGGCCCACGUAAGUGUCGCGUUCCGGGAUCAGCCUGUGUAUAUCCGGUUUCAACAAGCCGGCAUAAUUGUGUCGACUGCUGAGGGGUAAUCAUCUCUCGUCAGUCGACUUAUUAUUUGACCCCCUCCACUUACCAUCAGGUGCUGUGGAGUCACUAUUCCGUGCACGCAUAAUAAAGUUUUUCUAGUUGAAAAUGUUUUUUUGAACAUGGCAUCUAUUGAAUUUAUAUUUCAAGUAUUAUUUUUCUAUUUCAUGUUUUAUUGUACCCUUAGCCUAGUGGCUUAUGUGAGCUGAAGACCGGGUAGUCUUUCGUUUGAAUCCCGAGUCGGACAUUUUAAUUUUUAUAGCACGUUUUAGGGACAUUUUAAGGUUGUAUAGUUUUGACUACAUAAUUAUGAUUUUUUAGAAAUGGCAAUUAAUAUAAUGAUUUCUUAUGUUUACGCGAAUGUAAGACAUUGUAAUAAUACUUUUCAAUAUUUUUAUUAUUAUAAAUUUCUCCCGACGUUUCGAUGGCUGUUAGUGGUAUUACUGUCUACUAGCUAACCAUGGAAUUAUGUACUGCAUACUACCUCUAUGGGUUGACAAAUAAAAUAUAAUAGUGUUCGCUUUGUCUGUUAGUUGAGGGAUUUCCUUGUAGAGGGAUUUCCUCUAACCGCCAUUUUCAAUAACAGAUCCCGAUAGCUUUUUUAUAUCUAUCUUAAAAAUCGAUUAACCAGAACUGAUGAAAAUAAGACUACAAGUUAUGAAACGAUAAAUACAAUUAAUUGUAAGCAAAAUAAUAAAAUACAAUCAACAAUCAGUGACUAUUGCUAGUAAAGCAAAGGAAGAGAGCUGAGACAAGUGACUGGACAUAAACAAAUCAAUAUAUCAUAGGUGCCAAUUCGCUGUUCCAAGUAGGCGCGCCUUAUUCAUUUACGUCCUUAUUUUCAAGAAGAAAAAAAGCUUUUUUUUAUUAAGGAUUUCGAGUGCUUAAAGCACUUACCCGAAAGUCCGAUGUGUUGGUAUAAGCCGGCCCUGCCAGGCUAAAAGACGGAUAGUCAGGCGCAAAAAAAAGCGUUUUUUGACAUGCCUACAAACGAGUUAUUUUGAUUGGUUCAUGUUCGGAACCGGAUUGAAGAUUGAGAUUGAGAUCGUUUAUUGAAAACGGCUUUAAAUGGAAAGCUUUAUCAUUUCUGGUAAAUCUUAUAAUGAACGUCUAAACAAAUUAGUUUUAGUUUAACAUUGAUGCCAACGAAUGUUUAGCUUAAAAUAUUUUUGACAAUUUAUUUUUGUUAAGAAUACUUAUUAUACUGGUCAAUAAUAUUUUUAAAAAUGUAGUUUUAAGUUAUUUUUACUGUAAAAUAUUUGUUUAAUUAAAAUUUAAAGUUUUGUAAAUCAAAUGCAAAAUUCUGUUGACCAGUAUAAUUUCUAGGAACAAAAAGUAGUUAUUUGUUACCUUUAAGGUUAUGUGUUAGUUUUAAAUAUAAAUGUUUGUGAUCGUCUGUCCGUCCAUUAGUGCAAUGUGCCUGCAAUUUUUUAGAUAUAUUUAUUAUGAAGACACGCUGUGUUCCAAAAUAAAUGUUUGAUUAUUGUA